GAAGGGGAAGACGUCGAUAUACAGCAGACUAAUUAACUAACGAGACACAGGUGACACAGAAAACACGUGAUGGCAGGUCGGAGGCAGAGCCGGUGGAGACUGAGGCUCCUGAUCCUCUUCAGCCUCGUCAUCCUCACUGAACCGUUUAAGGUGAGAGAUGAAGAGUGGCAGCAGCUCGGCCCAGACAUCGCUGCACUGCACCGCCUCAGAGGACUGCCUCAAAACAUGUUUCAUGAAAGGCUGAAGGAGCCUUCACACCACAGGCAUGGACUCAUCAAUAGGAGACCCAUUGAGAGGGUGGACAUUAACCAAAACACAAGGAGUUUGCUGGAUGCGUUUCAGGACUGUCAGGAUUUCACAGCCUGUGUCAAUCAAAAAAAAAAGGACUUUGACACCUUCUUGGCAUCUGUUGAUGAACAGAAGAUACAAGAUCGACUGCUAGGUGCAUCUGAGAUCUCACACAGCUACAACCAAAAACUUCUGGUCAUGACUGACCAAGAAAAGUCCACGAAUGACAGAGUCCAACAGGAAUACAGCAUGGAUCCUCAUUACUCACUAAUAGUCAGCAAAGAAUGCCUGUACAAUGAAUCAUGCUUACCUGAAGCAGACAGCUAUACUGUAGUGAAAAUAUUUGGAAGAGUUUCAGAUGAUGGACAAACUGUGUCUGGGCUUUCUGGAUCAUCACUUGCAGAGCUGGUUUUGAAACCAUCACUGGAAGCUGCACCAGUGUUCUCCCUUGAUGGAAACACAACCACACAUUUCCAGUAUAACUUCAUUCGAGUGUUGGUGGUCCGUGGAAACAAAGCAGUCUUAGAAACUAACCAGGAAAAUCAUCAGAUUUACCAGGUCAUGGAUCAACAUGACUCAGUGUCCAGCUCCCGAAUUCCACAAAAACCCGUAGAUCACACCACACAGUACGACGACCAGCAGAUCCUCAUGAUGCAAGAUGACCCUGCAGUAAGAAAAGCUGCUGCUUAUCUUUAUGAGAAGCAUCCAACAGUUAGCUCCAUCUACGUUCUUGAUGAAAACCAAAGACCAAAACUGAUCCACGGAGACUCAGUGCCACUGUCAGAGGACAGCAAACUGGUGCUGGUAGGUCAUGGAGUCAGAGACAGUUCAGGAGAGAUGAGGCUGGCAGGGCACACAGCCCAAGAUGUGGCCAAAAUCAUUGCAAAGACCUUCAGAGUCGGCAAUACAAUCAAAACAACACGUGUGGUGGCAUGUGAAGUCGGAUCAGAUAAAACAUUUGUAGAAACCCUGCUGAGAGAGCUUCAUGAAAUCAAUAUCAAGACAGAGCUGCACCUGAGUAAUACUGUGAUCCAGGUCACGCACACAGGACAGAAAAUUACCCAAGAAGUCUCUCUAGACGGGGUGCAAUGGCGACACAAAGAUGACAGCAAGAAAGUGGUGGCAACCCUUGAUAGGAACGGAAACGUAAUUAUUAGAAAUGAGCCUGGCAGUAGAGGAGAGCCAGUUUUUACCAAUGAAAGAAAUGUUCUAAUGGACGAAAAUCCGACCUACAGAAAAAGCUGGCCAGAAGAGCCGAGGACAUUUGUUGACCAGAAUGUUUACCAAAAAUUUGACUCAGAUAUAUAUAUAAGGGAAGUUGCCAUUUAUACACUUGAGGCCUUGACCUGGGCAUUCUUUAAGUCAGACCAACCCCUUCCCAAUAAAGUCAACUUCAACAACCUCCAACAGAUUAAGGAAAAAUUUGUAAUAAAAGACCAGAAAGAGACUGAUACAAUAAAGUGGAUAGAGGAUGAGCAGGGACUAAAGGAUAUUCUAAAGGAGUGUUAUGAGAUUAAAUCAGGACAAGAUGUUAGAAAUGUGAUCCGUCACUACGCAAAGACUGGAGAAGAUGGGGAGACAUACCUGAUGGUCAAUGACUGGAUAUAUUUGGUUAAUCCUAAAACUCUAUAUGUCUAUCCGGUUGGAAAAAAGCUUGACAAUAAUCAAAUGGGAAAGGAGGAAAAAAUUAAUGAAGUUAAGGGGAGUAUAAUUGAACAGAAAGGCAAGGAAGAAUACAAAUAUAUGAAAGACAUAAUUCUUCAUAAAAAUAUAGAAAACCCACAAGAACGAUAUGCUGAGUUUGUAAGAAAUAUUUUUCGUGGAGAGCACACAACUGCCCAAUCUCUGUCCACUGAGGCCUGGUACACCACGUAUUUCACUGCAUCAGUUAUUUGUGAAUCUGCUAGAAAUUUCCGGACGUUUCCUCUGAUUCUCAUGGCUCUGGAUAUGGUCGUAAAUGAAAACAACAAUAUCCGAGAGAAAGGACUCAAUUUCUUUGUGAAAGACCACCCGAUGGCAAGAGGAGGAAGUUGGAUUGAUCUAAACAGACGUGGAUUUAGUGGCUCAGCAACACCUCAAGGUUCCAGCAAACUGAAAAAUGUAAAAACAGAAGCUCAAUAUAAUAGAAAGGUGCGUAAUUUAUGGCUUGACCUCAAAGGCGUUCUAGAAAAGGAAUAUGAAUUUUUCAUAACGUGGGAGCCAACCGUUGCUGGCAAAACUGUAGAAGAAUCAAUGGCUGACAUUGCAGAACAAUUCAAGAUAUAUGAAGACAGUUCACAGAGAGAGGUAUUCUCAGAGAGUUACAAUGAUUUCACACAAAAAGUUAAUAAACCUGUUUCAACAUCAUCUAGAAAUGUCCAGGAAGAUUCAACAUCUGGAACACUGGGAGGCAAUGAUGAUGGCUACAUAACAUUGCAAGACCUGAAUUCUGCCUCAGAAUUAGAGAAUUCCUUCAGACUUGAAUCCUAUUUCUCCAGGACAUCUGCGUCAUUUGCUGAUCAAAUCCACAGCCAGCUGAAGGCAGAAUAUGGUGAAAGUCUGGCGGGGCUGCAUCUCAAAGAGGGCAGUGCCAGAAUAGAAAAUGGACAGUUCGUAUGUCAGCUUGUGACUGAGGGUGCUGACGUUGAACCUCGUGAGUUGAGGGUUGAUUUAUCUCCAGAGAGUCAACGCUACAGUGAUAAUAUGUUGAACGGCAUUGAGGCAGCAGUUCGUGACAUGGAGAAACACAGUUCACAAUCCUCUCAUCAGGUCAGCAAGUAUGUAGAGCACACUGGGACUGCUGUUGGGACACUAGGCCUCAUGCUGGGGAUGAAAGGAGCUGUUCGGGCUUUUGAACAGGGCGACAUCAAAGAUGGUGUGGUGGGGGCUUUGCAAACAGCUCAUGGAGUGACAGCUAUGACAACGUCUGUUAUUGCAAAACAAGCUCUGUCCUCAGAGACAAGAGUUGCCAGAGCUGCAGCAGUAAUCAUGAGAAGCCCUGCAAUGAGGGGCGCAAUGACAGCUAUACCAAUAGUGGGAAUUGGAUUUGGGGUAUACAAUUUAGAACAAGAUUUAGAGAGAAAUGACACACUGGGAUACAUUGAUGCUGGCGUUGAUGCUGGUAUGAUUGCUUUGGAUGUUCUCGAAAUUGCUCAGCCUGAACUUGCACCAUUUAUCGUACCUAUAAACCUGGCACUGUCAGUAGUCCGGAUGGCCAUUGAUGAUGUUUAUAUGGGCAUCCAGGAUGAACUAAAGAAUCUCCCGAAGGAUGCUGGAGUUUUAGAUAAACUGGGGGCUGUUUUUGUUGGCACUGGAGAAGGGAUUGAGCAUUUUGCAAUUCAUGUGGCUAGUGUGUUCUAUGAUUGGCAUUAUGAUGAAAUUGAGGAGGGACGAAGACUUGUUGCUCAGAUAUCAGACUAUCAGCAAUAUUACAAUAUUACAAAGGAGCGGGAUGAGAGAACUGUCAUUAAUUUUAGUGAUGGUGUCUCGUCCUGGAAUGGAGGAGGCGUUUACUUCUGUCUCGCUGAUCAGGGUCUGUCUGAGUUCUGCAUGAACUAUUUUGUGUCUAGUGAUGAGAGUUUUGGGAAGAAUUGUUGGUCCAUUGAUGCACAAGGAACCAAAGACAUCAUACUUGGCCUGGGAGAGUCGCAUCGAUUAGAGUAUUCGACACUACGGAAAAAAGUACUCAUGUUCAUACCAGCUGGCUCUGUGGAUGUUGUUUCAGGUUAUGAAGCUGUAUCAAAUUCAAAAUAUGGGAUAUACAAGGGAAACAGAGAUGCUAAUCGUUUUUUUGCAGUUCAGAAAUCAGAGGACAAACAUGUGAUUGAACUAAUGUUGAGUUACUAUUACCAGCUGUAUGGUGAACCAGGUGAUGACAUAUUCUUCCUCGGUCCACAGAGAAAUUAUGUUGAAGGCUCUGGUGGAAAAGACACGUACAUCAUUCCUGACGAUGGAGGGAAAACAAUAAUUAACAACUAUGAUCCUUGCAAAGCACUAGACACUCUUCAUUUCAGUGUUGAUUACAGUCACAUUUCUGUGUCUAAAUCUGGGAAUGAUGUUGUGUUAAUGUACGAGGGCAGCCAUACUGUGACCAUUAACAACUGGUUUUCAGGGGAAGUGUAUCGUCAUAUGAACAUGAUAUCAAAAGAUGGAGUCUUAUUUGAGGUGUCCUCCACUGUGGUUUCCUCUGUUCAGCUGGUGGCAAGAGGAAUUAACAAGAUGUUUAAGACGCAGGGUCUAACUGUAAAUGCAUCUCAGCCACUUUUACUUACAGUUACAAACAUCUUUGGGACUCAGUAUGAUGAUGUGCUCAUUGGAAAUGGAGAGAAGAAUCUGAUAGAUGGAGGAGGAGGCUCAGAUCGUUUGAUUGGUGGUGAAGGAGAAGACAUAUAUCUGGUGAAAAACAAGAAACAGUCUUCGGUGCAGAUUGACAAUUACUCCAGAGACAAUAAAACAGAUCUGGUCAUAGUAGAAGCAAAUCUUCACACUUUUAAAGUCAGGGUAGAAGGUAACCAUGUUCUGAUGAAUGCUCUCCAUGACAGUACAGCCAUCCAUGUGACUUUACUGAACUGGUUCAGAUCACCAGAAGACAGACACUUACUCCUCAGCACAAAGGAUCUGAUCACUUUUACAAUCUCAGAUAACAAGGCUGACUGCCUGGAGAGUAACCCGUUCACCAAGUGCAUAAAAAGUCGCAGCAUUGACUACAGCAGCUCCCCAUCUCGUCUGGUGGUGGACCUUCAGGAGGACGAGGCUUUUGACAGUGUGACGGAGGUCCGUGGGUCAGAGUUUAAUGAUGUCAUCAAAGGAAACAAAGAACAUAAUGUUUUCGUUCCAGGAGGAGGGGAUGAUUUCAUUGAGGGAAGAGGAGGAGAGGACUGGUACGUUAUCACACCAGGCCACGGUGUAAAGACCAUCAACAAUCAAUCACCAGAUCUAGUCUUAGAUGUUCUCUUCCUGAAAGAACAAUAUCAGCAUGUAACAUGUGCUUGUGAAGGCCAGAGCAUCAUCAUUUCAGUAUCCGGCAGAAGAAAUGUCAUCUUACAGAACUGGUUUGAUUCAAAGCGUCAUCAGCACCUGCAGAUCAAGACCAAUGAUGGAAUAACAGCUGAACUGAUUUCCAACCUCGUCAACUGCAGCAAGUCUGUAAUGCUUCCCUUGAUUGUUGAUUACAGAAACCAGGAACCUGAACCACUUAACACAUUCCAAAUAUUCCAGUCACUCAUUUUCCCUCUAGGAGAACAGUCCAGGUGUUUCAGAUGUAGUCACAUGGCCCAGACGUCCUUCCUUGACCUCCGAGGCAAAGCGAUGAUGAUGAAUGAAACUGAUUCAGUGAGAGAAAUGUACGGCUCCCCGGGUUUCGACAUUAUGGUUGGGAACAGGAAUGAGAAUUUGCUUGAUCCUUACACCGGUGGUGCACUGAUGAUUGGAGGUGAAGGAAAAGACACUUACAUAAUCAGACAUGGAUAUGGAAACAUAUUACUUAUCUGUAACUUUGCUGACGAUCAGAAUAUUGAUACUGUGUUGGUUGACAUGGAUUUCAUCGAUGGCGGCCAAGUCACACUGGACUCAUCAUCAACAGGAGACCUGACUGUGAAAAUCACGUCAAAAGGGGAACAAUUACAAUUCAUUCUGCUCAAAUACGCUGAAGGUUCCCAUCACCAGCAUCUGGAAUUUCAGAGCUCUGAUGGAGUGACAUUUAAAUUGAAAUCACUAAACUCAACUGAUGAUCUUUCCUUUGAGAUCGAAGCUUUCAAAGUGACUCUGAAACCAUCGCAGAUUGACUGCCGUUUGGAUCUCAGCUCUCAGAGAAAUCUGUCAAAGGUCCAUACAGUCCAAGGCUGCCCCUUCCAAUCCAAUGACAUACUAGGUAAUCAUCAAAACAGUACUCUAAUUGGUGGGUGGGAGGAUGACGUCUUGGAAGGAGGCCAAGGAGAUGACACACUGAUUGGAGGAAAUGGAGCUGACCUCAUGAUUGGUGGCUUGGGACACGACACUCUUUAUGGUGAGGAUGGAAAUGACACAAUGAUGGGGAACUCCGGCAGUGACAUCUUCAUUCCUGGACCAGGGGCGGAUCUAGUGGACGGAGGUCCCGGAAGAGACGCUGUUCUUUACCGGGGUGAUCAUGAGAAGGGUAAAGGUGUUUAUGUCAACCUGUUGACCGGACAAGGCCGCUACGCUGAUGCUGAGGGGGACAUGUUGAAGGACGUAGAGAUUGUGAUCGGCACCAUCUAUUCUGACAUCUUGGUGUCUGGUUAUGAAAGUUCACUUCUCAAAGGCUCAGACGGCAACGACAUCUUGGUGUCCACUGGUGGUGAUUACCUGGUCGGGGGUGAUGGACAUGACGUUUACAUGUUGGCUUUCCACCACGGCUCAGUCACCAUUGACAACUGUGCAAAGGACAACGCCACGGAUGUCUUGUACCUUCCAAGCUUGGUGUCAACACUAAUGUGCGAGUGCGAAGUUCUACCAGGAAAAGUUGUGCUGAGGUUCUCGGGACUUAAAAUUGCACUGAAAUGGACCAUGUUUUCUCACGAAUGUGGUCAUCUGGUGUUUGUUUUGAGAGAUAUGGAGGUGGAAGUGGAGACGCUGUUGCUUGAGUGUCAGACAUUGAUGUACAGGAUUCCGUUAUGGCACAAGAAACGAUUGACCUGUUCUGAAAUUCUCGGGCUUAGUCAUGAUUUUGAGCCGCUUUGA